AUUCACAAGAUCGCUUUUUGAUUCUCUUCAGCACUUGAAAUGGCUUCUUCUUCAACUGUGUUGAUGCGCCUAAUGGCCUCUGCGUAUUCUGUUGCGCACAGAGCUGGAACAAUAGUCAGAAAUGUGAUGGCUGGCGGAGACCUGGGCAUAGUGGAGAAGUGUGGACCCAAUGACUUGCAGACUAAAGCCGACCGACUGGUACAAAUGAGCAUUUGCUCUUCACUGGCACGGAAAUUCCCCCGUGUUACAAUCAUCGGAGAAGAGGACCUGCCCUCUCAUGAUGUAGAUGAGGAGUUGAUUGAGGACGGUCAGUGUGAGGAAAUACUGAAGAAAGCUUUUCCACCACAAUACAGUUCCAUUAAAGAGGAAGAGCUUGUUGUGUGGGUUGAUCCUCUGGAUGGGACCAAAGAAUACACGGAAGGUCUCCUCGACCAUGUAACAGUUCUUAUUGGAAUUGCUUAUGAAGGUAAAGCAAUAGCAGGAGUUAUUAACCAGCCCUUCUACAACUAUGAGGUAAUAAAUGCAUUGAUUUUGCUUGAGAGCACUAAAUGAUCUGUAACUAUCACUUCUAGGACACAUUUCUAGUUCAUACACUUUCUGCUCAACGGUGCUUGAUCUACAAUACAUACCACACUUCACUCGCUAGAGCUAAUGGUGUAAUAUAAGGAACUUUUGAUCUAUGUGCUUCUUGAUGAUAGUUUCUUGGAACUGAAUUCCAAGGCCCUGCAAAUAACUGCAACAGCUCUCCACUCUUUAUGGUAACAAGACAUUACACGUAUUGUAGCUAGGCUGUCACAUGAAUGUAAAACCCAUGAUAUCUUGCUCCAGGCUGGUGGCUCUUUGGACGCAUUGCAGAAGUGACCUGUUUAGAUUCACAGGGAGAUGCCAACCACUCCAGU